CUCCCACCUGCCCAUCAGGACUGUGGAGCUAGGAGAGAGCUCAGAGGCCAAAGGCUGCAGGUGACUCAGGUGCCUGUGGGAGUUUCGGUCGGGAGAAGAGGGCAGCCAUCCCAGAAGUGAUUCUGGAGCCCUUAACCUCUAAGCACCUAGGAAUCCACCCAGCCCCGGACUAUUUGAUUCACCUGUCCCAAAAACACAGUGUGGGUCUUCCAGGCGGCAGGUCCAUGGCUGGCAGGCCUGUGCUCCCCGGACUCCGGGAGGAGGAGACUGCCAAAGAUCCUGGGCCGAAACUGUCACCGGUGCGGCCCCCAGGCCGCCUGCCCAGCAUUGAUGAGGCCCGACCAGCAGGCCCGGGCCCGGCCUCCCGCCGCAGCUCCAUACUGGGCCUGGUCUCGUCCUUUUCACGCCGCAACUCACUGGCCGGACCAGGCCCGGGUCCCGGGGUUCGGCGUCCGUCGCUGGGCCCCGUGCCCCCUCUAGGUUCGCGGGUCAGCUUCUCGGGGUUGCCCCUGGCGCCGACGCAUCGCCUGGCGCCCUCUUACCGCAUGGAGCCGGCGCCAGGGCAGCGCUGGGAGGUCGCGCGCGCGCAGCGGGCACUGGAGGCGGCGCUGGCCGCGGGGCUGCGCGACGCGCGCUACUCGGGCGCCGAGGCCGGGCCGCUGGCGCGGGAGCUGUGCGAGCUGGUGCGCGUGCGCGUGCGCGAGCUCAGCCCGCCGCGCUACAAGCUGGUGUGCAGCGUGGUGCUGGGGCCGCGCAGCGGCCAGGGUGUGCGCGUGGUCAGCCGCGCGCUCUGGGACGCGACGCGCGACGGGCUGGCCUCCGCCACGUUCACCAACGCCACGCUCUUCGCCGUGGCCACGGUCCACGGGCUCUACUGCGAGUGAGGAGG